GUCGCACAAUCACCAUUAGUUAGCAGGAGACGUACGUUGAAGCUCAUAAUGGAGAGCAGGGAGCGAAGUAAAGAGGAGGGGGAGGGAACUUCGGGAGCGGGAGGAGAGUAUGAGCUAACCUCCACUCUUGUGUCCGCAUUGUCAGAGAAAAGUUUGGCACACAGUAGUGGCAAGAUGAUUUUAGCUGAGCAAGCAGCAAGGGGAAAGGGUAUUGCUAGAGAAGAAGGCAGCGAGAGAGAUGGGACGCAGUCGACGGAAGAGACUGAUGGACAGGCUUCAGGCAAGAAGGAGGAAAAAGGACGAGAAAUACUUGAGGAGGGCGCGUCAAUACCGACAACAGACCAUAGUGAUCAGGGAAGCAGUCGACGUGGUCAAUUUGGGGCCCGUGGGGUUUUCGAAUGGGUAUCCCAAAGGGGAAGGAGCGUAGCUGUCGAAAUUUGGAACAAGAGCAGGAAAAAAGUUAAAUGGCCUAAGAGAGCAGGAAGACGUGAGGUGAAUGGGAGCGAAGGUGUCAGUACUGAUGUGCCCAAGGAGUCAACAGAUGAAGGCUCAUGGCAAAGGUUGAGGAAGGGAGCCCGAAAGAGAGCUGGGACACCCAAACCCCGUCGAUGGUCUUUACGGAGGAAGAAGGACGAGGAGAAGGAGAAGGAGACCGAGGCAGAGAAGGAAAAGGAGGAGGAGGAAGUGUGGGAUAGAGGUGAAGGUCGGCAAACAGCAGACAUGUCUACAUCUGGAGGAACUUCACAGGGCAACUUCCCAGAUAAACGGGAUGAAGCUGAAGGGCAACGAACGGCUGAGAUGUCCCCUUCGGAGAGGAGUGGUUCUGCUGAUGUCACUCCAAAUGCUAUGCGCGUCACAACAGCAGCAGCAAAAGGACAGCGCACACAUGGAGUAGAAGGGCCGAUGACUGCAAUAGCAGCAGGAGCAGCAUCAGGAGGAGGAGGAGGAGAGAAGAGCAGAGGAAUCGUAACUCCUCGUCCAGUUGACGAGAGGAUUGUGAACCAGUUGCUGUUCACUUCCAUGGAAUCAGGCAUCUCCGCCUGGAGAGGUUAUGUACUUUGUGGUCCUCUAGAGGAGUUCCUUAUUCAGUUUCCAUACGGAGAGCUGUCAAUAGAAGAGCUGAAUGGGUUAGUGGAGAAGCACUACCAAAGAAAUGUGCAGGGUGGUAGCGGCAAUCGUGGGAAGGCAGGUGAAGGUGGAGAAAGCCAUCUGCAAUUGGUCUUGUACUUGCCAAGUGAUGAUGGCCUUUACGUUGGACAUUUUCCUCAGAGAUGUAGUGCGUGUGCUCCUAGGAUGGAGAGGCGGCUAGCACACGAGAGUUUGAUGAGAGGACUAAGAUUGACGAACGUGUGGUUUGAGGGGGCUGAAGAGUGGUGGCGAAGUAAUAGCGGUGAGGAGGAUGAGGGGAAAGAGGACAACAAGUCAUCUUCGGACAAGCUGACAGUAGGCGGGGAACGAUCUCUCGAGGGAGGAGGGAGGGAUAGUAAAUGGGCCAAUGAGUUUGUGGGGAGAAUGCGGUGUGCUCCAGAUCCUCUGAAAGAGAGACCAGAACGAUGCAACUGCUGCCGUCGACUGGCCUCUUCAACAAGGCGGAGGCGCCUUUCGUCUUCCUCUUCGGUGCUUCAUGCACCGUAUGAAGCCGGAUUCCUAAGGUCUAUUCAGAUGAAAGUGGAAAGAAUUUACAGGCUGGAUGUUGAGAUCCGCCAAGUGGACUUUCAUGAGCACCCCCUAUCAAGUCAGGAAGACAUCUUGGCAGGAAGACUGCUUCAUGCCUUCAGGGAGUACAAACGGCAGGAGAAGAUUGAUUUGGAGGGAUUUUAUACAAGCAAAAUCCAGGCGCUGCAGAGUACCUUAGUUGCUGCCUAUGGAAGCCUUCAAAGCCUGCGAAGCGAACUGCAGUUGCAGGAAAGGCAGCAGGAGUUGGCCAGCCCUAAGAAUCCUCAGGAUCUAGGAGUAGAUGAUUCGCCGGUUAAGAAAAGCGGAGGGGGUGCUGAGUCCUUGGAGAAAGCAGAGGAGCUGGAAGCAGUUUGGGAGCGUGUGAACGAGUGUUGCGGCGAUAUAAGAGAUGUGAGACAGUUGUACAAUCAGGAGGUGAUUCGGCGUGGGCAGAUGCUGGAACAUAUGGUCACACUUUACAGGGAGAUCGAACGAGUCAGGGAAGCACAGGGCUAUCGAUCAACGAUUGUAAAGCUUAUUGUGAGGCACAAAGAAGUGGACAAGGAAGAAGAAAGACAUAAGAUGAAGAAUGAUGUAAGAGCCAGAUUGGGGGCAAUGAGAAUCCAACAUGAAGUUGAGACGGAAGGAAGAUUAAGAGCUUAUCAAGAACUCAAGCAGGCUAUGGAGGAGAGGGUCAGGAAGGAGGAGGAGAGAGUGCGCCAAGACAAACGGGAGAGAAAAGAGAGGAAAACAAAUGCCAAGGAGCAGCUGCUGGGAGUUGUUGGAGAAGAUGAGGAAGAUGACAUGGGCCUGGAGGAAGCUGAAGAUAGUUGGGAUUGUGCAGGUAGAAUCAUGCUCGAAGAAAUGAGGAAGGAGCUGGCGCAAAUGAGACCCCCCAAAUCGGAGCCUUUCGACCGCUCUGCUGUGAAACAAAAGAUCAUGGAGGAGUUGAGGGGGCCAUUCAGGCGACGGCCCGGAGAGCCUAUUCCGGUUCCCGUUUUGGCCUUUGGACUGCCUCGUGAGGAAGCACAUGUGCCACGGGCUGAAGCAGCCAGAAGACGGGCCAUCCAACGAACAAAUAUAUAUGCUAGGCUUAUCGUUAACGGCCAUGUUGUGGCACAAACGAAGGAUCGAGCACUCCGGCAAGACUUCUCGGUCGACUUCAAGGAAGUUUUCCAGCUGCAGCAGUGCAUGACACUGCUCACUCGAUCACAGACCAAGGCCAUGGACCGGAAGGCGGGAGAAUCCCUCCUGGCCUAUGAGGAACGCCUGGCGGCAUUCAUUCAGGAGGCCAACGAUAGGGCCGCCGCCGCGGCCAAGGAACGUCAUCGGCUUGAACAAGAGGAGGAGGCCAAGCGACAGAAGGAGGAACAGGACCGACUUCGUCAAGAGGAGGCAGACCUGCAGGCGGCAGCCAAACACCGGUCACACCAGCGGGAACGACUGUUCACGCGGGAGACCGUGAUCGGCGAUGAGGCCGCACAUUGGGUGGAAGUGGCAUCUGCAGACGGGGCCCCGGAGACUGAGAAAGGGCUGUCAGCCCUUGCGCAGGUCUCCCACGACCUCGUGGCCACCUGCGCUCUGCAGCAGGAGGAAAUCCUUCACCUGCARCAGACAGUGGACCAGAUGCUCGCACGGCUGCAGGCGUUGGAAAAACAGCCAGCUGCUGUAGCAGCCACAGGGCCUUCAAACCUUGCCACCCGUGUUCAAGUUUUGGAGGACGACGUCAACAAUAUCAAGYKUGWGCAUCAGGACUUCAGGACGUCGCAGCAAGCAACGAACUUGCAGUUGGAGACGCAGGUCCAGGCUGCUGCCACCGUGACGCCCGCCGCCGCAUCCUCCAGGCGCCCACCCAAGCUAGAUGACAUUCCAGUCUUCUGCGAUCAGUCGAAGAUGGAACCGAUCCCGUGGUGGCGCCAGUUUACUCUCAGGCUCGACAUGCACCAUGUCCCGAACAACGAUCGACAUCCGUGCUUGUACCACCGAUCUSGUGGUGCGUGUCAAGCAUGGUUGGACAACAUCUUGACCAGCCACGACGUAGCAGUGUCAGAACUACACACCAAGCUCACUUGGCAGGAGUUGACUGACGCCUGGCACAAGCGAUUCCAAGUGGAGCCGCCCGACCUGCAAGCAAUGGACAAGCUCAACAAGCUCCAUCAGAACACGCUGCUCAGUCAGGACUGGAUUACCGAGUUCCAAAGACUCGCCUCCACACCUAACCUGCCGCUCGCCUUCUGCGCCAUCAAGCACUUGUUUAUCAUGCGCUCGUGUCCAGCUCUGCAAAACGCGCUGACUCAGAUUGCGGAGACACUCGACACAUCUGCUUUUCAGCACAGCGUCACGGAUCAUUCUCACGAAUAUCGAAGCCCACAACGCCGGCCGAUCUUCCGCGACGACGAGCGGCACCCAGCCCAAGCCAAAGAUUUACGCUCCUACUUGCACGCUGCAGUACCAGCUCCGUUGACGGACGACGGAGUAGCGGUAGUCGAUCUCCGCUCCCAUCUUGCGAAGAUUGACCACGAGUACGCCACCCAAAGGUACGUUGAGACUGACGCUCCUUUGCUCUAUAUCCGCAUUCAAAUCGGAAAGGCCACCUGCAAUGCCUUGAUUGAUUGCGGAGCGUCUCGCAACUUUAUGAGCCAAGCCUUUAUGGCCCACGCGGGCCUCGGCCCCCGUGUUCGAAGGAAGACGCAACCUACGCAAGUCACACUUGCGGAUGACCGCACACAAAAGUCAAUUGACCGAUGCGUUGAUGGCGUCCCAGUGUAUUUUGCGCCCCUUGCGUGCGAGCCGGUGUCUUUUGACAUCCUCGACACCAAGCUCGACAUGAUUCUAGGCAUGUCUUGGUUGCGUAGCACCGACCAUCCGGUGAACUUCCAUGACCGAACCGUUCACAUCCGUGAUCGAAACGGAGUGUUAGUUCUGUGUACGUUCGCGACUCCUCACACUUCGUUUGCUUGUCACGUGGUUUCCGUCGCGAGGAUUCGCGACGCCAUAGCUUGGAAUGACGUAGAGGAGAUGGGAGUUGUUUUCCUACAUGCCCUCCCCUCAAGGGACGGACCAGCCGCGUUGCCGUCGGACCCACGCGUUACUCACCUCUUAGAUGGAUAUGGAGACAUCUUCGAGGCUCCCAUCGGAACGGUUCCAGAUCGGCCCAUACGUCACGAGAUUACUCUCGAGGAGGGUGUCGCCACUCCGCGUGGAUGCAUUUACCGCAUGAGCGAAGAGGAACUCAAGGUGCUUCGCGCACAACUCGACGACCUCCUCGACAAAGGCUGGAUUCGCCCUAGUUGUUCGCCAUACGGUGCACCGGUUCUCUUUGUCCGGAAGAAGAACAAGGACCUACGGUUGUGCAUCGACUAUAGAAAACUUAACGCACAAACCGUAAAGAACGUCGGCCCUCUCCCUCGGAUCGAUGAUCUCCUUGAGCGGUUGGGCGGCGCGACGUACUUCUCAAAGUUGGACUUGAAGUCGAGUUACCACCAGAUCGAAAUCCAGCCUCAAGACCGGUACAAGACCGCCUUCAAAACGCGGUAUGGGCAUCUUGAGUGGGUCGUGAUGCCAUUUGGACUCACCAAUGCCCCCGCAACCUUCCAAGCAGCCAUGACAACAGAAUUCAGAAACUUGCUCGAUCGUACCGUCCUCAUCUACCUCGAUGAUAUCUUGGUCUAUAGUCGGACACUUGAUGAGCACCUCGUACACCUUUGUGCGGUUUUGGAUCGUUUGCGAGCAGCCAAGUACAAAGCAAACCGCGACAAGUGUGAAUUCGCCAAACGAGAGGUUGAGUACUUAGGCCAUUAUGUAACGCCGAAAGGCAUUUGUCCCUUAGCGGACAAGAUCCAAGCCAUGGUGGAUUGGCCGGAACCCCGUUGCACUAUGGAUGUACGUUUUUUCAUGGGUUUGGCUGGAUACUAUCAACGCUUCGUCGAGUCUUACUCCAAAGGGGCAGCCCCUUUGUCGAGACAUCAGUCCCCGAAGGUGUUUCUGGCAGUUCCAGGUGCUGAUGGCGGCGCAUUCCGAGACCUGGCGCCUGUUCCUUACCAAUUCACAGGACAAACACCUUUCCUGCCAGUAUGUCCUUGUGUGAGUUCUGCACAUCCUGUGCAAGAGACUGCAGGAGGUACAGUAGUGACCCAAUUCCAUACCGAAGACACCAAAGACGAAAGCACAGGAGUCGCACAACCAACUCAAGGAGAAUCUGUGGAUAAUGACCACCAUCAGCAACAACAGCAACAGCAACAGCAGCAACAGCAACGGCAACAGCAACAGCAACAGCAGCAGGAACAGUUAGCAAUGACAGUGUGUGGUUUUGGAAAAUCAACCAGUCUUCGCUGCCCCGUUGGUACACUGUAUGCCCGCCUUGAGUGGGUGGAGGGAAAUAUGUCCACAGGGCCUGAAAAGGACCCUGAGAAGGGUUGCGUAGUCAUAGCUCCACCUCGUCCACCUUCUUCUCUAAGACUGGACAGGUUUCCUCACAACCAGAGUGCAAUUGGAGCAAUUGGACAGGUCAACAUGUAUAAGUUGGUUCGGUGGCUUCGCAGGAGUGGAAUAGAUCCAAACGAUCCACGGAAUGCCAGCCUUAUCGAGCUGCUCAAAACACAUGAGUUGUUGAAAGUUGGAAACCAAGGGUACAGACUACAGAAUGCUGGCGACGAGUUUCAAAUGGAGAUGGAUGCACAGAGGAAAGCCAAACGUUUUCGCCUGAUCAAACUGCGAUGGUCCAAGUUUUUCCGGACACAUGUGGAAAUACCUCUGCUCGAGAUCUACAUUGAUGACAAGAUGUUGGAGGAGCUGGCGAGGACAGGGCCUCCUGUUGAGAAAACAAAGUCGUCCAUUCCGAAGUUUUCAAAUGCUGUUGCAUUGCGGUUAAUCCAAGAUAGACAAAGGCGUAUCAGGUCAUUUCUCAUCAGAGUUCAAACCAACAUUGAGACCCAGCGGCGCCUUAGGAUGGGAUCAAAACAGACAAAGGUAAGCCUGCUCUUUAUAUAAAUCUACUAUAAAUCUGAGGGCCUAGACAUGUGAGACUAGGUGUAGCAUGACAAAUUUUGAAA